ACAUCAAGAGCGGAAGGAGUGGGGGAAAAAAUCAGGCCAGCCUUGGACACCCCUCCCUGCCUUGUCAAUUGGCUCAACCAGGAAACCUGCUUUUAAAACAAUCCAUUACAGGUUGAAGAGUUCUUUCAUUUUCUAUUUUAUUUUUAUUGUCAGGUUGAGAUCCUGGGGGGCAGCCGAACAAGUCUUAAAAUCUGCCUGAAAUGGCACUUGGUUAUUUUCCAGCAGCGUUCGUUUUACUCUUACUGGAAACUGCCAAGAUUACUGGGGAAGCUACAACCAAGCCCCCAACUUCUCCUCCGACAAAGCCACGUCCUUUUUCAUCUGUGGCUGACACCACUAGUGGCAUGAAGACUACCACACCAGCAGAAGAGACCACGGAAUCCCUCCCUUCUUCCGUGGCUGUCCUCUCUGACAUGACCCAUCCCUGGAGCACCAAUGGAGAAACAACUCUUCCUGGAGGAGAUACAGCACCGCCCUCCUCUUCCUCACCUGAAGGGUCGACCAUGGUGGGCACCCAUGGUGUCUCUCCACCUUCUUCAUCCCUUGCAGGGACCUCCAUCACCAGCAUUGGUUUUGGAAGUCCUUCAGAAGUAGGGACCACUCACGCAGCAGAGUCAACCCUGCUUGUCCUCAGCUCCACCACAAAGGAAGUGAACUCCAGCCCUCCUUCUCCAACUCUCCAGAACAAGAGGACAUCUGAAGGCCUAUUGACCUCCACCACAGAGGAGGUGAACUCCAGUCCUCCUUCCCCAACUCCCUUGGACAAGAGGACAUCUGAAGGCCCACUCACCACCAUCUCCACCACCCCACCAGCAGAAACCACGAGUGAGAAGCAUCCUAGUUCUCCUCCUCUCACAACCGAGACAAUUAGGACCUCCCCGUGGUUUCCUUUUCUUACUUCAACACUAGUGACCUCCAUGCCUACGAGUGUCCUUUCUGGAGACACAACCGGCUCUUCAGAAGUGACCACAGGUUCUAAGGCUGAGAUCACCAGUGGGAGGCAGGGAACCUCUUCCUCCUCAACUUCCUCUUCAGUUACUCAAGAUAGACACACCUCAAAAGCUACGUCCACCGGACCUCUGUCUUCUAACUCAGAAAGGACCAGCCUGGGACCAUCUGCUCCAUCCUCCACCAAUCGCACAAGUGGAAGUCCUGCUACCACCUUGAAAGUCCUUUCCUCCACCCCCACAUCUCCCUCAGCUUCAACGAGUGUCCCUCACACGCCAGGAAGGACCAGCCUGGGACCAUCUGCUCCACCCUCCACCAAUCGCACAAGUGGAAGUCCUGCUACCACCUUGAAAGUCCUUUCCUCCACCCCAACGUCUCCCUCAGCUUCAACGAGUCUCCCUCACACGCCAGCGUGCAGAAUAAUACCCAAGAACUACCAGCAGUUUAUGGCCUUGGUAUUUGCAGUCAGAGAGGUCAACAAGGAUCCAAUUCUCCUUCCCAACAUCACCCUUGGCUUCCACAUCUAUGACAAUCAUCAAUUUGAGAGGAGGAUUUUCUUAUUCAGCCUCUUCCUCCUCUCCACACGAGGCCGAAUGGUUCCAGGAUAUAAAUGUGACAGGCAGGACCUUCUGCUUUCCGUCAUUGGAGGUGACAACCACAAAUCCUCAAGGCAGAUGGCCUCCAUCUUCAGCCUCUUCAAGGUCCCACAGAGCCAGGGUAGUGCAUUGGUUAAAAGAAUGGAUGAUGCAGCUCGCUGUGAUCCUUGCCCAGAAGACCAAUAUCCCAACAAGGACAAAGACCAUUGCAUUGUGAAGAAGAUCCACUUCCUGUCCUAUCAAGAGACCCUGGGAUACACUUUGGCUUCUCUAGUGCUUUCUCUCUGUAUGAUGACAUUGGCGAUCUUGGUGAUAUUCCAUACACACCAUGACACACCAAUUGUCAAGGCAAACAACCGAGAUCUCACCUACAUCCUCCUGGUCUCCCUCCUGCUCUGCUUCCUCUGCUCCUUCCUCUUCAUUGGUCGACCUGGGAAGCUCACCUGUCUCUUCCGACAAUCAGCCUUUGCCAUUCUCUUUUCCCUGGCAGUUUCCUCUGUCUUGGCAAAAACAGUCAUGGUGGUUCUGGCCUUCAUGGCCACCAAACCGGGGAACAGGGCAAGGAAAUUCUUAGGAAAACCUCUGACCAACUCCAUUGUCAUAGCCUGUCCCCUGAUCCAAGCAGUUCUUUGUGCCACAUGGCUGGUAAUUUCUCCUCCAUUUCCCAACAUGGACUUCCACUCCUUGGUAGGAGAAGCCAUUUUGGAAUGUAAUGAAGGCUCAGCUUUCAUGUUUUAUGCUGCCCUCGCCUAUCUGGGAAUUUUGGCCUUCUAUGAACUGAAUCUGGAAGCAAAUUGUCAAUGGAUAGAGAUCACAGAGUAG